CAACACGGGGCCGCCCCACCCAUUUGAUCUGGUACCGCUGUUUUCGUUUGCCAAGGCUGACUCCACUCUGCUUCUUCUUUCUUCCUUUUUCUUCCUUUUUCCCCAGCUUUCCUUCCGACAUGUUCGUCGGCAACUAUUUCAGGCAACCGCGUUCAUCCGAGACUCAAGUAAUUGAUCCCUCUUACUUUCCCCAAAUCCAGAUCGUUCUAUUUGGCUGCCGGAGAGAAAUUGGGAUCGUUCGUGGAGGUUAUUGGUGAUUUGAUCACUACUGGAUUUUCGAGGGUUUGGCGUAUUCGUUUUCUUAAUCUGUUUGCGAGGACUGCGUGGAUUUCUCUAAUUGGUAUAACUUCGAGCGCGUAUUAUCACGAAUAUCGUAUAAAUGGAAUAUUCUGAGUAUAGAUUCUUCACACAUUCACACACUGUUUCAUUAAAUUAAUGGGAGAAGGAAAUAAGUGUUUACUGGUUGCUGCUUUCAAGGAUCGGAAUUUGUUCCCUGGGUAUUGGGAGGAUAAUCAGAGGCCGCCAGCGUAUUACAUUUUAAGAUUGGUGCUAUUUAUCGGUAUAACUUGUUGAUUCUUUUGUUUUGAUUAUAUAAAUUUUUGCUGACAUUGACAAACGAAGUUUGUUGUAAUACCUUAUUGGAGGAGAUGGAGGAUGAAGAAGUAAGUUAUGUUUCGAAUGUAGAUUUGAUAGAAAGAACGGUUGAUGGUUCGCAGCGUCGGCGUAUAUCAAAUGAUUCACUUCUCCCAGGGCUCAAUGAUGAUGUAGCAAUGAAUUGCUUUGCGUACGUUCGAAGGUCGGAUUAUGCUUCUCUAUCAUGUGUUAACUCAAGGUUUAACAAGCAGAUUAGAAGUGGUGCCUUGACCGAACUGAGGAAGAAGGUAGAGAAUGUGGAGUAUUGGGUAUAUCUGGUUUGUGAUUUAAAAGAGUGGGAGGCUUUUGAUCCUGAUAGAAAUAAAUGGAUGGCAUUGCCUAAGAUGCCUUGUGAUGAGUGUUUCAACCAUGCUGAUAAGGAGUCCUUAGCAGUAGGUAGCGAGUUAUUGGUGUUCGGUAGGGAGUUUUAUGAUUUCGCUAUAUGGAAAUAUGCGUUUUUUCCUCAUUGUUGGGUAAAAUGUCGAGGAAUGAACCAGCCUCGUUGUUUGUUUGGGUCUGGCAGCCUUGGUUCAAUAGCAAUUGUAGCAGGUGGGAGUGAUAAAAAGGGAAACGUUCUAAAAUCAGCCGAACUAUACGACUCAUCCAAGGGUCGGUGGGAAAUGUUGCCCGACAUGCACGUCCCACGUCGGUCCUGUUCGGGAUUCUUCAUGGACGGGAAAUUCUACGUGAUUGGAGGGAUGUCGAGUCCUACUGUGUCUCUAACAUGUGGAGAGGAGUACGAUUUAAAGAAGAGGAAAUGGAGGAAAAUCGAAGGGAUGUAUCCAUACGUGAACCAAGGAGCUCAGGCUCCCCCGCUGGUUGCAGUUGUGGAGAAUGAGUUAUAUGCAGUGGAGCAUUUAACGAACAUGGUAAUGAAGUAUGAGAAAGUGGGGAAGACAUGGAAUGUGUUGGGGAGACUGCCGGUGAGGGCGGAUUCUUCGAAUGGAUGGGGGCUUGCUUUCAAAGCGUGUGGGGAAAAGCUUCUGGUUGUGGGGGGACAAAGAGGGCCAGAAGGAGAAUGUAUUGUGCUGAGCUCUUGGUGUCCAAAGUCGGGAGUUAAUAAUGGAAGUUUGGAUUGGAAGAUAGUAGGAGGGAAGGAACAUGUUGGGGUUUUUGUCUACAACUGUGCAGUUAUGGGGUGUUGAAGUUGAAGAAUCAUUUAAAACUCUGAUUUGACAGAGCCUACUUUUUGGGUUGGUUUUCUUUCUUUCUUCUUCUUCUUCUUCUUCUUCUUCUCAUUCUUCUUCAGUGUUCUUGUUGUUGUUCUUCUGAUAACUGUAGCUAAUAAAUGUUUGCACAGUUUCACUCUGCGUUUUCUUUGGCUUUUUACUCAAUAUAUUAUGCUGCUGCUGCUUUCUGAUUUGUCAAGAACAGGUAAAAUUGUCCAAUCUUUGUUUGUUGUGUAGGCAAACAUUUUAUGUGAAAACUCGUUUCUAGUUA